UUGGCGGGAAAUUUUGCUUCAGUUUGUUUACAUACAAAAGUUUCGGACAAGACACACAACGCGUAGUCAUGAGAUUAAAUUUUAUUUUUCUUUUCGGUGUAGUUACCAUUUCAAGUGAUAUUAACAAAUCAUCUCGCUCUAUUUGACUUGUAAUUCAUAUCGUCUAACAGCACUGCUUUCAAAUCUUUUUUCAUCCCUUGGACUCACCCUGAUCUCUGCAGGGCAGGUAAACUAAUCAUGGAAGACUAUGACAUCGCGUUGCUGGAGGAGAAAAAGAGAAGCUCCAUCCGAUAUUUGGAUAAUAUCUUGUCUGGUAAAGAUAAAAUUGGUAGCUACACAGCUUUCAGUAACAGCUGUGAAGGAUUGGUCGAGCUUGCAAGGGUGGCAGGGCUGGAUGAAAAUGAUCUGCUGGAAAUUGCACGAGUUCUUACAGAUCCUAAUUUAGAAUUCAGACAUUUUUCAUUCUUACUGGAAUCCUUAAUACCUGAGCAAAAAAUGUCGGAAAAUGUGGUUGAUGUAAUGCUACGGUGGCUUCUACAACAUUGCUGGGAUGACUCACAGGCACCCAAGUGCAAUGUCUUGCUUCAAUGGUUCGCCAGCGGCAUUUUGAAUGGCUUGAUUGAAAAGGAUUUCUUACAAACUUACUUCCUCAGCAUAUUUUUUAUCAUCAAGAAAUUCAACCUGAGCAAGGCUGUGUGUAGUGUUAUUUCGCUCAUAGCAGAAUGUGAUUAUUUUAUGGAGUCUCAUAUUGACAUGCUUCUAGCGCUCCAGGAAAAAUGUACCAAAGCCAAGACACCACCAAUGCACUUUACUUAUCUUCUGAGGUUUAUAAAAACGGUGAGACCAGACCUAGUGCCUUUUGAAGUGAAGAAUAGAGCAGGCCUCACUGCGCUAUUAGACAAAAAUAAGUUCUAUGAGCCAAUGCAAACUGCGAGACAACGCAUCACCGGUGAAAGUGUUUUAGAUUGUCUUGACAUUCCCUUUUCCAACCAGUGGGAAGAAGAGUUGGACCAGGAUCUCACUGUUAACAAAAACAUCAGUGUAUAUAUGAAUGAUAGAAACAAGCGCCAACAGAUAGAUACUUUAACAGCUCAAGCAUUCUCAAGAGCUGCUUACAAGCCAGAAAGCUGGAACAAGAGAAUCAAAAUCUCAGAUAUAUCCAGUUUUGAAGAACUGGGGAGGAAUUGGAAUCUCCUUAUUAUUCCAGAUAAUGCCAUCUCUCUUUUGCGAACAGAGUAUGGUCUUUUUGUGCUUGCUUUUGGCCAAGAACAAUUGCAGCAACGCUUUGCACACACCCUGUAUUGGAGUUUACGUAACCACAUUAUUCUGAAGCAAGCAUCUUCAGAAGAUGUGAAGGUCCUUCUCAAAUUGUUGGUUCGGUGCGUAACAUUCAUGCAGCAGGGCCUGUCAGUUGUAUCACAAUUUUUACGCUCAUAUCUUCUGUUCUGGAAUGGUCUUGAUUAUCGACCUCUCAUCCUCAAAUUAAUUUCAUGGAUUACUUUUGACUCCUAUGAAGAGCUGGCUCGAUCUUGCCUUGGGCCCUUGUUCAAUUUGUUUUUGACAACCCCUGUUGAUUUCAAGUGCCAAAUACUUCAGUGUUUAAUUGACCUUUUUACAAAUAUGAUUAAGCACACUCUAGGAAGACACCAAAAAAAUGUGCCGUAUCUUUUUCUACCGGAAACAUCAGCGCCAAUGUGGAUUUCAGAACCCCAAAGUGUAAUUUUAAAUGUUAUUGAAUUCGUAGAAGAAAUUAUCGUAAUAGCACUCCUGCAAGAACCUGGUGAUAUCGUUUUACUCAACGCAGUUUAUGACUUCUAUGAGCAGGUGCAUGAACUUGAAGUGGAAUACCAGCUAGGAACAAUGACUGUUAUUCCAUCGUUUUUAGUACAUCAGUCUUUACUCAGCAAUACUCUUGAGCUUCUCAACAGAGCCGCGAAACUUCUAUUGGGUUACAGGAAAACUCUUGAAAAUACGGAUCUUGAAGUCUUAGCAAAAGAUUUUGCUCAACAAUCAAAAGUAAUUGAAUCAAACGUCAAGGACAUUUAUUACACUCUCACUAAGUGCAAGGCCUCAAAAACAAAGCUGAUUGAUAACAAUGUGAGAGAUUUAGUGCCUGUCAAUGUCGAUGAAGCGUUAGCACAUCCUCCAAUGCUGAUCCCACAUUUCCAUUAUUUAAAGGAGUCAUCUCAGACAUUUGAGGCUACUAAGGAUUUUAAUGGGCUGGAGGUUUUCGAAAUAUACGCCAAAGAUCUUUACGAGCUUCUGUCUCUGUGCCAAAGCAACAAUGUAUGAGCUGAUAAUUAGGUAUUUUCUCUCAAUUUUAAAAAUUUCUCUCAGUAGAAUCAUCAAUUUUUCUCUUAGUACUGAAAAUCUAAGGUCAAUGUAUCGGGGAAAAAAUGGAGAUUGUUGUGCCUAAUGUGAGUACAACACUGGAAGGCUAAAAAUUGCUUUGCUCUCUUAUCUUCCAGUUCUUAUGUUUGUUAAAUAGAGUUUAUUAAUGAUAGAAUUUUAAUAAUGUAAUAAUGAAUAUUAGACACGUCAGUAACGACUCUUUUCUUUUAUUUUUUAAAUAAAAUCAUUGUCAAAUUUGCA